AUGGGCGACCGUCCUCCCGCGAAGACCUCUUCCUCUGACAUGCCUCUCGAGUUCUUCAAAGUUUAUCUCCCCUCCUUCAGUUCUCACCAACUGCUUAUACCACCGGAUUUUGUGAAGCAUUUGAAGGGAAUCGUGCCAGAAAAGGCCUUUCUCAAGGAUACUACAGGGAGAUCAUGGCCAAUUGGAAUAGCAGAAGUUGGAAAUAAAUUGUUCAUUAAGAGUGGUUGGCGGGACUUCGUGAUCGGUCAUUCUCUAGAUUUUGCGGAUUUUCUAAUUUUCAGAUACAAUGGGGACUCGGUGUUCCUUGUCAAAGUAUUCAGUAAGAAUGGGUGCAGGAAACAAGCUACCUUAGGAGUAAAUAGACAGUCGACUGUUGUGAAGACGGAAGAGCUGGCAGAAGAAGCCAACGAGGCAGAACAGAAACAGGGGAGGCCCAGUCGGGCUUCUUAUCCCAGGUUCAAUCCUAAGAACAAAUCGAAUAAAGCCAAUGAGAUGACUGUUCGGGAUCAAAAUGGGAGGACGUGGUCCAUGCAUAUUAAUGUCAGGAAAGAUGGCCGGGAACUGACCUUUGGGUGGACCGCAUUUAGGGAGGAACAAUUUGAGAGUAGGUGA